CAGGCAGGCCAGUCUAGUACCCGCACUCUUUUACUAUGAAGCCACACUGUUAUAACACGUCCAGAAUGUGGUUUGGCAUUGUCUUGCUGAAAUAAGCAAGGGCGUCCAUGAAAAAGACGCUGCUUGGAUGGCAGCAUAUGUUUCUCCAAAACCUGUAUAAUACCUUGCAGCAUUAAUGGUGCCUUCACAGAUGUGUAAGUUACCCAUGCCUUUGACACUAACACAGCCCCAUACCAUCACAGAUGCUGGCUUUUGAACUUUGCGUCCAUAACAGUCCGGGUGGUUCUUUUCCUCUUUGGAACGGAGGACAUGACGUCCACAAUUUCCAAAAACAAUUUGAAAUGUGGACUCGUUGGACCACAGAACACUUUUCCACUUUUCAUCAGUCCAUCUUAGAUGGGUUCGGCCCAGAGAAGCCGGCAGCGUUUCUGGGUGUUGUUGAAAAAUGGCUUUUGCUUUGCAUAGUAGAAUUUCAAAUUGCACUUACGGAUGUAGCGCCGAACUGUAUUUACUGACAUUGGUUUUCUGAAGUGUUCCUGAGCCCAUGUGGUCAUAUCCUUUACACAUUGAUGUCGGUUUUUGAUGGAGUGCCACCUGAGGGAUCGAAGGUCACAGGCGUUCAAUAUUGGUUUUCUGCCUUGUCGGUUACAUGCAGUGAUUUCUCCAUAUUCUCUGAACCUUUUUAUGAUAUUAUGGACCGUAGAUGAUGAAAUCCCUAAAUUCCUUGCAAUUGUACGUUGAGGAACAUUGUCCUUAAACUGUUCGACUAUUUUCCCACGCACUUGUUCACAAAGAGGUGAACCUCGCCCCAGCUUUGCUUUUGAAUGACUGAGCGAUUCAGGGAAGCUCCUUUUAUACCCAAUCAUGGCACCCACCUGUUCGUAAUUAGCCUGUUCACCUGUGGGGUGUUCCAAACAGGUGUUUGAUGAGCAUUCCUCAGCUUUCUCAGUCUUUUUUGCCACCUGUCUCAGCUUUUUUGGAGCGUGUUUCAGCCAUAAAAUUCUAAGUUAAUGAUUAUUUACGAAAAACAAUAGUUCUAAAUAUCUUGUCUUUGUAGUGUAUUCAAUUAAAUAUAGGUUGAACGUGAUUUGCUAAUCAUUGUAUUCUGUUUUUAUUUGUUUAACACAACAUCCCAACUUCAUUGGCCACCUUUUUUAAAUGUAUUUUUUGAUACACAACAUAACAGGAUGGUUAAAGGGAGCGUUUGCCCAUACUACUGAUUCAUCAGCCAACCGAUGGGGAUUUCACGAGGAGCUUCGACGACCACCUCUGCCGCCUGUCCGCCCACCUACACCUGCGGCCUCCCCCUCAAUCCCGCCCAGCCCCUCCAGCCCUCCAUACGCAAAAUGACUCUGGAAUUCACCAAAUGGUCUUCUAUAUGGAUUUUUACCCCCUGUAAUAGACAAAAACAAAACACUCGUCCCCCCCCACCCGUGGUGUGCAUGCACCCGCCCGCCAUGCCUCCCCAGAGCACGGGCGCUGACGCCAUGCAGGUGGGAUCACUGGUUGCCGGCGUGGAGGCCAAAACGGAAGAGAAAAAGGGCUCGGACGGUUCGCCGGGAGCGGGGAGCCGCCCCGGCAAAGACCGCAGCGAGGAGUUUGUGAGCGAGGGGUCCAUCGAGGGCAUCCCCCUGAAGAGAUGGGUGAUGCACGGCGCCGUCAUGUUCGGCCGGGAGUUCUGCUACGCCAUGGAGACUGCGCUGGUGACGCCUGUGCUGCUGCAGAUCGGUCUUCCAGAACAGUACAACAGCUUGACAUGGUUCCUCAGCCCCGUCCUGGGCCUUAUAUUCACCCCGCUGAUCGGCUCAGCCAGCGACCGCUGCUCCCUGCGCUGGGGCCGCCGGAGGCCUUUCAUCCUGGCCCUGUGCAUUGGGACACUGAUCGGAGUGGCGCUCUUCCUGAACGGAUCGCUCAUAGGACUGUCAAUGGGUGAUGUUCCGGGGAGACAGCCGAUAGGAAUCGUUCUCACAGUGUUGGGAGUGGUGGUGUUGGAUUUCAGUGCCGAUGCCACAGAGGGACCGAUUAGAGCGUACCUUUUGGACGUGGCCGACACAGAGGACCAGGACAUGGCACUCAACAUCCACGCCGCCUCGGCAGGUCUUGGCGGCGCGGUGGGCUACGCUUUGGGCGGUCUUAACUGGACACACACCUUCCUAGGAGCCAUCUUCAAGUCUCAGGAGCAGAUCCUGUUCUGCUUCGCCUCCAUCUUCUUCUCUGUGUCCGUGGUGCUGCAUCUGCUCAGCAUUGACGAACAGCGCUACAUACCCAUACAUGACCGGCUGGACCGGGAGAGUCCAGAUCCAAGCACCCUGCAUCCUGCAGCCAAUAACGACACCGGACUUCUCACCCCGAGGCUCAAAAUGAUUGGUGAGGACGAAUUGAUGGACAGCUUCGACCUUUACAAUGCCUACAGGGACGAUCUGUCCGAGCCUGGGGACAUGGAGAUGGACUUCCUGGAGGUGGAGCUUGUGAGGAGUAAAAGCGACAGCGUCCUCGCCAUGACAGACACCACCCUGGACCACAACGCCUUGUUCCUGUGUCACAUCGAGCCGUCCAUCUUCCCCGACCGCCUCUCGACCUAUCGCAGCUCGCCCCCGGCGCCCCCGCACCUCCUGCAUGCCAACCCUAGCAUGCCAGCCUCCCGGCUUGCCAGCGUGCGGCGCAGCAGCAGCGCAGGGAGUCAGGAUCUGCUGCGCCCCCAAAGCAGCAGCCAUCCCCCAAAACAAGAUGGCAGCCCCACCAAGAUUUGCCGCCUCUCGGCAUUCUUGCAGGAGAUGGAGAAUGACGAGGGCCAAGAGGCGUUACUCAACAACCAGAUGAAUGAGCAGCGCGCGCUGAACGGACGCCUGUUGGCGUGCAUUGACGCGACAAAAACACACAGCGCCAAUGGGCUGAGCACCAAAGGACAGGUGCAUCGGGCCGGAAUGGUCAAAGCUGCCAGUACCGGUGCUCCCAUGCGGCUGUCCCGCCACCAUCACACCUUCUACCGUCAGCCAUCUUGCACAUUCUCCUACUACGGCCGCGUGGGCAGCCACCGCCGCUGGCGGGCCAAUGCCACCUUCCUCAUCAAGUUGUCGCGCAGCAUGAACGACCUAUACGAGGUGGAGGCGCGACAUAGGCGUCGAAGCCGCCAGCGCGACCGCCGCCGCCGGCGCCGCCGCAGCAGCAACACCAACUCUUCCAGUGGCGACGCUGAGAGCGAGGAGGGCGAGGUGGAGACCACCGUGCGGCUGCUGUGGCUCUCUAUGCUGAAGAUGCCGCCCGAGUUGCUGCGCCUGUGCGCCUGUCACCUGCUCACCUGGUUCUCCAUCAUCGCUGAGGCCGUCUUCUUCACCGACUUCAUGGGACAAGUCAUCUACCACGGAGAUCCCACUGCUCCUGUUAACUCCACCGAUUCGACUAAUUAUCACCGAGGCGUUCAGAUGGGAUGUUGGGGUCUUGUUAUAUACGCCAUGACUGCCGCUACAUGCUCAGCGCUCCUUCAAAAGUACCUGGAUAACUUUGACUUGAGCAUCAAGGUCAUAUACAUCCUGGGAACAUUUGGAUUCUCGAUAGGAACUGCUAUCAUGGCCAUAUUCCCCAAUGUGUAUGUUGCCAUGGUGAUGAUCAGCAGCAUGGGCAUCAUCUCCAUGAGUAUCUCCUAUUGUCCGUACGCCCUGCUGGGACAGUACCACGAAAUGAAACGGUACAUCCAUCACAGUCCCGGGAGUUCCCGUAGGGGAUUUGGCAUCGACUGUGCCAUCUUGUCCUGCCAAGUGUACAUCAGUCAAAUCCUAGUGGCCUCAGCUUUGGGUUCCGUCGUGGAAGCGGUCGGCAGCGUACGCGUCAUUCCCAUUGUGGCCUCUGGGGGCUCUCUGUUGGGAUUUUUCACUGCCUGCUUUCUGGUCAUUUAUCCCUCUCCCAGCGGGGAGGCAGGAUCGUCCAAAACGUCAGAGAAACAGGCGUUAACCACGCUGGAAAAUCCCAGUGAAAGAGUGCAGGAAAAAAACAGCUUCUUGAAACUCAACAAGGCCGGGAAGGCCACCACCACUACCGCUGCCGCCACCACUUCCUGUAACAUGGAGAAUGAAUCUGUCCUGUAAUUGACCAUGAGUAAAGCAAGGCGCAAUCAUCAUCAUAAUAAUUCUUUUGUUCCGGGAUUACUCCGUCCUAUUCCCAAUGUGAGUACUUGGCAGGUAAAAAAAAUCGGGGAUGGUCGCCAGUCUGCCUCUCAGGGCCUCUAAGGGACUAUGCCUGGACAGGAAACCUCAGGGGGACUGUUCACACACACACACACACACACACACACACACACACAUGCGCGUUUCUGACCACCUCGAAGCUGCAAUCGUUGACAACAACAAAAAUUUCGUUCUUCCUCGCCGUGGACGGAAAUGUUUUGUUCUGUUGAAGCUUUAUGAGUCUUUACGAACUUUCAUACUUGAAAACAAGAGCCCGAAGCCUGCUUGUGGGUCAAAAACAAAACAAAGAAUAAGAUUGAGAAUAAUAAGGCAGCCCCAAAAUUGACUGCAAAGGAUCUCCAAAUCUCGUCAUUCCAGGACAACAGAAGAGAAACAUCGAGCAUGAGCAUAGAGCUGACUGUAUAUUAAGAUAUCCUUUAUUGACCCACAGAGGGGAAAUUCAGGAAUAAGUGAAAUUCCAGAAUAGACAGUCUUCACACAUACGAAAAAAAUAUACAUAGCGUAUACAGGGCAUUAUUAUCCCAAAUACUUCUUUGCAUGACCUCUUGAGAUAGUCUGACGAAAUGCUGCAUGUUAGCAGAGGAGUUUGUUUUUACGACAUGCGGGUGGCACAAUAGCUCUUACUAAUAACUAACUGCACAUCAGCUGAGCUGCAUCAGCGGAAAAAAAAAAUUUUCUUAACGAGCCUUUCUGAGAUAUUUAUGAAGCCACACAUUGCUCGGAUUCCACUGGGAAAAAAACCAAAAAAAAACCCACACCCAAAAAUAGGGGAAAUGAGAAAAUUGUCGCUGUUGAAAAACAUCUGCAAAUAUAUUUUUCUUUUUGAUUAUAUGAAAACUCACAACAUUUUGACAUUUUACGACAAUUCAUGUUCUAUGAUUUAUGAUGCAUUAUAAUGUGUAUAUAUAUAUAUAUAUAUAUAUAUAUAUAUGUAUUUUUUUUUUUCCCCAAUUACAAAAAUGUUGUGAUACAUUUUUACAUACAUUUUCACCUUUACUGCGCCAAUAUCCAACUUACAAUAUAAGUAUUUGGUUUUAGUCAAAAUCCUAUUGGUCAUUUUUUUAAAUUUUAUUUUACAUUUUUUUUAAAUAGCAUCUAUCUUCACAUUUUGUUAGUAUUCGUUUUUUUGAUUGAAGCGAAAAUAUCUUUUGUUUUUCAUACUUAAAAAGAAAUCAUCAGGGAAAAAAGAUUGGAAAAAAAUGCAAAUAAAUCUUUCAAACAAUAAGAAAAAGCUAAAUAUUUUACAUGAUUUUUAUUGAUAAAUUCUAUUCAUCUGAUACAAAGAACGAAUUUGGAGGUACAGGCUUUUUUUUGUAAAAUACUUUGAUAAAAACAAAGAUGGUCAUCAGAAAAACAAAAACAUAUUAAUAACCCUCCUGUUAUGUUCAUUUCUCAGCAAUAAUUCCUGAGUCAGUUUGACCCAGGGGAUGUGUAAUACCCCAAAAAUCUCAAGAAACUGUUUAGUUUAUCACAGCGGAUACUUUCCAGAAUCACCAGUGAUGAUAAAAAUCUGCGACAUAGCAAGACUCUUAAAAAAACAUUUUUCUUUAGUUUUACUUACCCCUUACACACACUUUUACACUUAAAAGACAAACAUGUGAAAACACACUUUUAAAGUAUUCUUAGGCUGGAGGCUAUCAUGUAACAUCACUUUAAGGGAACGAAAAGAAGACUUGCUCGCACAUUUCGGCAACACGUGCUUGCUUCCAGUUGUUCAUUUGUCAUUCCCAGUUGAAGUUUACUGUAAAACUGACGCACAAAACAAGAGUAACAAAAGUCCACUACCGUAAUGCUAACGCACAAUGUCAAAUGCCAUAGACGGGGCUUGUGGAAAUUAGCAUAGAUGUUACGAUAAUUCUAAACCUUCAAACAACUGCGACUUUACCACACACGCAGCAGCAACACAUACAGAGCAUAAAACAAUACCCACAGGCAUAUAUUCGCUCUGCUUUGUGGGCACUACUACAAUUGGUUGGGAACCUUCUCCGCAUCUUCCUCUUGCUUUUAAUUAUGUCGCAUCACUUCCAGUAGACCUCAGUGCUGCCAGGUCGUGUAAACUCCAAUUUCAGGCUUGUCUUUGUACUGUAAAAACAGCCCCCAAAAAUCUCUUGGAAAUCCACGAGUUAGCGGAGGAACACUACAGCUACAUUAAUAGCCAGAAUGCAUUGUUUUCAUAGCUAUAAUUUCACAAUUUGAAUUGUAUUUCUUUAACACGGGUCAAUUUGACCUGCCACGUAACAGGAGGGUUAAAUUCGUGAAAACCCAGCUUUUCCUCGAACAGUGAACGCAGCAUGCUCUUCUCGAAGCUGCGUUUCCCCGAUUCCAAGGUGCCAACUUGCUGACCUUUGAGGAAGUCAAAUGCGUGACUUGACCGUUUAACAUCCGAGUGACCUUGCGUGUGCUGGAUUCAAACACAAUUGCUGAUGGGAAGCAUGCAAAUAAGAUGAACAUGAACUUCUCAGAAUGCUUAAGUCCAUUCGCAAAUGUCUCCACAGUCAACGAUGCUGGACGAACACUCUUGAACUUAAGAAAUGUUUGGUGGUAUAAUUUUGUGUUCUGACCAAUCAGGCGAGACGAAAACAACGCAAGUAAAUGGCAGACAAUGUUAUUUACAUUUGUAAAUGUGCUCUUGUUGUGGUACUUGAAAAGUGAUGUUCAAACAGUUGUUGGAGAAAAUCAACCAGGGUAUGCCUCGUUUCAAAGCUUUUUUUUUUUUAUCACAAGGGGCAAUAAAAUAUUCAGCAAUUAAAAUAAAAAAACAAAGGAGCUGCGCCAAAGCCGAAAUAUUUUCAUUCGUAAAAUUCCGCCUCUGUUUUUUGUCGUCAUGCUAACUAACAACAGAAAAAGAAGACUUCUUUGGUGGCGGUAACAUCAUAUAUUUUAGAUGUAGGAGGUUUUUGUGUGACAUAUGCAUAGCGCAACACCAAAGUGUUUUUGUUUUGUUGUUGUUGUUUUUUUUUUAAUGAUGUCUCAUACAGUACAUCCAACGCUUGGCUGCUGCACAAAAUUUUGUAUGAACGAGUGUAAGGGCCACACUGAAAAAAAAAUACAUUUAAAAAAUGACUCAAAAAAAAGGCUGAAUGUUGUCAGGAUACAGCUAUUAAAGUUAUAAAACUACAUGAGUACAGUAAUACUAUUAAAAAAAGAACAUAAUAUACAAAACAUAAAAUAAGAGUAGCAUUUUAUCCUUGUAAUAUUGUCACUUUAUUCAUCUGAAAUAAAAAAAAACAAAUAAUACAGCACCAGUUUUUUUUCUUGUAAUAUUACAACUUUCAUUUUACAUUGGCCUUGUCACAUUACGACAUUAUUCUAAAAUUAUAUUUUUUAGUCUCAUAAAAUAGCUUUUUUCUUUAAAUGUUAGUCUCAUAAAAAAUAUUUUUCCUCAGAAUAUUACAUUUAUCAAAUUAAAAAAAAGCAUCAUAUUGUUAGCUUUUUUAUUGUACUAUAUUAUUCUCUGAAAAUUAAGUUUUUGUCCAAUUACAAUUUUAUCUCAUAUUAUGACAUUCCAAUUGAAGUUUUCUCACAAAUUCCAUCUUGUAAUAUUUACAUAAUAAUCAUUAUAAUACUUAGCAUAAAAUUUAAUUUCUUGUAAUAUUACAAUGUUUUUCUCUAAUAUUACAAUGAUUUUGACAUGAAACAAAAAAUCUAAUUGAUAAUUUUUCUUGUAAUGACAUUCUCAAAAACCUUUAUUGUCAUAUUACACCUUUGGAUAGUCACUAUUUUUGUGAAUCCUAGAAAUAUUUUUGUCUCCUAAUAUUACAGCUUUUUCCCCCUUGUAAAAUUCUAAAUAUUCUCGUCAUGAAAUGACGUUAUUAUGGUUGUAUUACAAUGCCUUUUAUUUAUUUAUUUUUUCCUUCCUUUCCCCAAUUCUCAUAAAUUUACCCCAUAGUAUUGGGACUUUAUUCCCAUAAUUAUGACUUAAACCUGGUACAGUAGUUCUAUCACUUUUCUCGUAGUCGUAUUUGUUGUUUUUUUCAGUGUCCCCCUAAGACUCCUUUGUAUUAUUGAAUAAAAGUAAGCCGAAGCGUCAGUGUGGGUCAGUAAGUGCAUGUGACUUCAAAAAGAAAUCAAAAUAAAGCUGUGUCUCAAGCCUGUUGCGUUCCAAAGAUAUUUGGCGCACGAUGCGAUGACUCACUCCUUGUUCCAAACUUGAGCGUCCCAUUUAUUUAUCUUGUUGCUUUCUGCCGUCUACUCUGGAAUGUUACAAUGCUUGAGUUCUGACUUUGGGUGACAUCAGUAAUAGGUCACACGUUGAUGAAUGUAAUUCUUUUUGUUUGUUUGGAUGUUUUGCGAUGGGGUCUGUCCAACAUUGCGCAACGUUUUGCACAUGAAAAUGUCAAGAAAAAAAUAACUGAGGAUAUUUAUUGUUUAGCUUCCCUCACAUGUAAUUUCUUAAGGUGAAAUCUAUUCGGGAGAUGUGUAUGAGCAGUUGUGAGUACAGUGGAUAUAAAAAGUCUACACACCCCUGUACAAAUGUCAGGUGACAUUUAAAAAAAAAAAAAAAAAGAGCCCAAGAUAAAUCAUUUCACUUUAUCCCAGCAUUAAUGUGACCUAUAACCUGUACAACUCAAUUGAAAAGGAAAUAGAUUUAUUUAUUUAUUUUUUUUUCGAAAAUGUGGCGCACCCUCUUGAAACUGGGGAUGUGGCUGUGGUUAGAAUUAACGAGUCACAUUCCUACUCAUGUUAAAUAGGAGUUAGAACACACCUACCACCCUUUCAAGUGCCUCUGUUUAACCCCAAAUCAAGUUCAGCUGUGAUAGUAGGCUUUUUAUAUUUAUCUUGGUCGUUUAUUUUUUUGUGUGUCACAAAAACCUGGCAUUUGAACAAGUGUGUGUCGACGUUAUUUCCACUGUGUGUGUGUGUGUGUGUGUUCAGUUCACAGUUGCUGACACACAAAAGGCAAGAGUGCUCUGUGUUUGCUGUUCUCACCUGGUUUCCACCUUGAAAGUCAUCCUUUCCAUUGGGAUGCUUCCACUUUUUAUUUUAAUGUAUUUUAUUUCAUUUCAAAUGGUUUUGUUGGGAUUUUCUUUAGUUUUAGGUAUUUUUGUCUUUUAUUUUAAUUUUUUUGUCUUUUUUCAUUUUUCUUUAUUUGUGCGGUGUUUUUUUUAUUUUUUUAUUUUUAUUUUACUUUUAAAUUAAAAUUUAGAUUUUUAAAAUGCUUUUAAAUUCAUUUUAAAAUGCUAUUGUUUUGUUUCAACAAUUUGAUUUACUUUUUGUUUUAUUAGUUAGAUUUUCUUUUGGACUUUUUUUCAGUUAUUUAGCUUUGGUUUUUAUUUUGUUUAUUUUAUUAAAUUUGUUUUAUUUAUUUGGGCUCUUUUAGUUUUGUUUUAUGUAGCUUUGUUAUUUUUUCUUUAUUUUAAUUUACUUUAUACUACUUUAUUUCUCAUUUUUAUUUGAUUGUAAUCUGGGGUCAGAGCCACACACGACUGAGAGUUUUCACUGCCCGUGGAAGCCAUGUUUGGUCCACCGUCCAGCUCUCCAGUCGCCAUGGCGAUGACCCCUGCAUCACGUGUGGCUCCAUGUCAGGUAAAGAGGGGUAAGAUGCCUAUAUACAGUAUAUUAAAAUAUCUAUACAUGCGUAUUAAUAUAUAAGAAAUGAAAUGACUUAAAGAAUGGGAAAGCAAGUGUUAUAUGUCUUGUGAUUUAAAAACAGUUGUAAAUAUGCUUUUUUUUUUUUUUUUUUUUUUGCUGCUAUGAAAAAAGAUGAUUAUUUUGGGUAGUGGUUUUGUUCUCUCUAUAAAAAAGAAUGAAUGUGCGUGUGUAUAUAUAUAUAUAUAUAUAUAUAUAUAUAUGUUGUACUUAUGCUUGAGCCUUCAUAUGUGCAAACAAGGACUCUGGAUGAACCAUGUAUGGAACGCACCUUGAAAAGAGGGGAAAAAAAAAAAAAAAAAAGAAAUCUACUCCGAGACAAACCAACAAUGGCUGUUUUCUUCUUUUUCUUUUUUUUAAUUCCCAAAGGCUUCACGCCUCUAUUUAAAGAUAUGUAUAUAUUUGAUUUGAGUACAUUUUACACCGUGAAUCCUUAGGUUUCUUGAAAAAAAUCCGUUUUUUUGCAUAAGACAAAAAUCAAAUCUUAAUUACUUAUCUUUGCUAUAAAUAACACCUUAAGAUCUAGUGUCGGGAAACCUUCCACACGCAUGCAGACACAUGCCAGGAUUCCCGUUGCAACCCCAAAAAUAGAAAAACCGAACUUUCACUUUUUUCGUGACUUUACUCAGGCCCACAGCUUGUCCGUCCAACUUACUUACCCAGUUACUAAAAACAGAAUUGUUUUUACUUCAAAAUCUUUUACUUUAAUUUUUAAUAUAUUUACAUUAGUUUAUUUUUAGUUUCAUCAAAAUGUUUAAAUGAUUUAACAUUUUAAAAUGUUGAAAUUUGUAUUUUGAAAAAAUUAGUUAAUACAGUUGAUCUAUUUUUAACUUCACCUUUUUAAAUUAAAAGUAUUAUACUUAUAGUAUAGUUUAGAUAUAUUAUUGCUAUUAGUUUGAGUCAUGAUCUGCAUUUUCAUCGACCUUUUGGAUUUGGUUGGUCCAGAUUUGAUGUGGUUUGGUUUCCCAGCGUCUUUUUGUGGGUUCCGUGUCUGGUCGUUAUGUCUUCAUCUCCGCCCUUUUUCCUGUCAGUCCUGUUCCUCGUGUAUCAACCAAUUAGAUCCCUCCAGCCACUCGUGUCUUGUCCAUGUGUGCCUCGUUGUCUCGCGAGUAUAUUUGUAUUUAGUUCCCGUUUUCCUUUCAUGAAAACCAUCAAAUUGUGUCACACUGAUUGUCUAGUUAAAGAAUGUCCAUUAAAAAAAUUAAAACGUGAAAACCACCCCAAAAAAAAUGUCAUUCCAUUUUACAGACAUAAGGUUGAUUUUGUACAGUGGUCUAAUUGACACAGAGGGUCACAGUUGAGGGGAGACAGCAAAGGUGGCGACGCCGCAUGCAUUCUUGUUCCGGACAAUUCGAAUGAAGCCUUCCUCUCCCCACCCUGUGCCCAAACUGCAAAAACAAAUAACUUUUAUUAU